AUGACGUCUGCAACUUCACCUAUCAUUUUAAAAUGGGACCCCAAAAGUUUGGAAAUCAGGACUCUUACUGUAGAGAGGCUAUUGGAGCCACUAGUUACACAGGUGACAACCCUGGUAAACACAAGUAACAAAGGGCCAUCCGGUAAAAAGAAAGGCCGAUCUAAGAAGGCUCAUGUGCUAGCUGCAUCAGUUGAACAAGCAACUCAGAACUUCUUGGAAAAGGGAGAACAGAUUGCAAAGGAGAGCCAAGACCUCAAAGAUGAGUUGGUGGCUGCUGUGGAGGAUGUGCGUAAGCAAGGUGAAACAAUGAGAAUUGCUUCGUCAGAAUUUGCCGACGAUCCCUGUUCCUCCGUCAAGCGUGGCACCAUGGUCCGAGCGGCCCGCGCCCUGCUGUCAGCUGUCACUCGCUUGCUCAUCCUGGCCGACAUGGCGGAUGUCAUGAGACUCCUGUCUCACCUGAAAAUUGUAGAAGAAGCGCUAGAAGCUGUGAAGAAUGCCACAAACGAGCAAGACCUUGCAAAUCGCUUCAAGGAAUUUGGGAAAGAGAUGGUGAAACUGAACUAUGUCGCUGCAAGAAGGCAACAGGAACUGAAGGAUCCUCACUGUCGGGACGAAAUGGCUGCUGCACGCGGUGCCCUGAAGAAGAAUGCCACCAUGCUGUACACUGCCUCGCAAGCUUUCCUCCGCCACCCUGACGUAGCAGCAACCAGAGCUAACAGGGAUUACGUUUUCAAGCAAGUCCAGGAAGCGAUUGCUGGCAUCUCGAACGCUGCUCAAGCCACCUCACCCACUGAUGAAAAUAAGGGGCACACUGGCAUUGGGGAGCUUGCUGCCGCACUGAAUGAAUUUGAUAACAAGAUCAUUUUAGACCCCAUGACGUUCAGUGAAGCCCGAUUCCGACCAUCUCUCGAAGAGAGGUUGGAGAGUAUCAUCAGUGGAGCGGCACUCAUGGCAGACUCUUCCUGCACCCGCGACGACCGGCGCGAGAGGAUCGUCGCAGAGUGUAACGCCGUACGACAGGCCCUCCAGGAUCUGCUCAGUGAAUACAUGAACAAUACUGGAAGGAAGGAGAAAGGAGACCCGCUGAACAUCGCUAUCGACAAGAUGACCAAGAAAACACGAGAUCUACGGAGACAGCUCCGGAAAGCAGUGAUGGAUCACAUAUCGGAUUCCUUCCUCGAGACCAACGUUCCGUUACUGGUUCUCAUCGAAGCAGCCAAGAGCGGUAAUGAGAAAGAAGUGAAGGAAUAUGCACAAGUUUUCCGCGAGCACGCCAACAAGCUAGUGGAGGUUGCCAACUUGGCGUGCUCAAUUUCCAAUAACGAAGAAGGAGUCAAGUUAGUCCGUAUGGCGGCAACCCAGAUUGACAGUCUGUGCCCACAGGUAAUCAACGCAGCGCUCACGUUGGCCGCCAGACCUCAGAGCAAAGUGGCCCAAGACAACAUGGACGUCUUCAAAGACCAGUGGGAGAAGCAAGUCCGGGUGCUCACUGAGGCGGUCGAUGACAUCACUUCCGUGGACGACUUCCUCUCUGUCUCAGAAAACCACAUUCUGGAAGAUGUCAAUAAAUGUGUGAUUGCACUGCAAGAGGGAGAUGUUGACACACUGGACAGGACCGCAGGCGCAAUCCGUGGGCGAGCAGCCAGAGUCAUCCAUAUCAUUAACGCCGAGAUGGAAAACUACGAAGCUGGGGUUUACACAGAGAAGGUGCUGGAAGCAACAAAAUUGUUGUCGGAGACAGUGAUGCCGCGUUUUGCCGAACAAGUCGAAGUCGCCAUCGAAGCCUUGAGUGCCAACAUCCCUCAGCCGUUUGAAGAGAAUGAGUUCAUAGACGCCUCCCGCUUGGUUUAUGAUGGAGUUCGUGACAUCAGGAAAGCUGUUCUGAUGAUAAGGACUCCCGAGGAGCUUGAAGACGAUUCUGACUUUGAGCAAGAAGAUUAUGACGUCCGCAGCCGAACGAGCGUUCAGACCGAAGACGAUCAGCUUAUCGCGGGCCAGAGCGCAAGGACUCCCGAGGAGCUUGAAGACGAUUCUGACUUUGAGCAAGAAGAUUAUGACGUCCGCAGCCGAACGAGUGUUCAGACCGAAGACGAUCAGCUUAUCGCGGGCCAGAGCGCAAGG